AUGUUACGCUGUCCGUCAUCAUGCUGUCGAUGGGAGGGUAGUUCAAUCCCUCAAUAUCUUCGCCACGCUGAACACAUGCAUGACCCACUACUAAGAUACAUGUAUGUAAACCAUUAUGGUCGAGUCCUUUCUUCGAUUGCUAGCUGGCGAAAACAAAUAAUAUCUUGUACAGAAAAUGUGAUAACUGAAGACAACCGCACCGAAACUACAAUUGAUAAUAUAGAACAAACACACAGUACUAUUGAUGAGAACAGUAAACGAAAAGAUGAGGACAAACAUAGAAGUAGUUCCAUAGAAAAUAAUACAACUGAAAUUGAAAGAAAGAAUUAUACAAGCGGUUACAAUGAUCCCACGAAAACAAAAAUUGUUGAUGCAAAAAAAAUAAGCAUGGCCAUGACGUUAAAGUGGCUGAGCGAAAACGGAUUGGCACGGAAAGUGGCAUUCAAAAUCAAUCAGGAUAUAAAAGAGAACAUCAUCGAACCUUUAGUAAUUGAUGAGCUAGAAAAAGCGGGAGUUAUAACUAGUACGUGUAAGGAAUUGCUCUUCACUACGCUUGGAGACUACGAUUGUUCAUCAGAGUACAGAAGUAUACAGCAACUACAGAGUAGAGUAGAGUAG